AUGAAUAACGAUAGUUUUUUAGCUACGUUAGACGAAUUUAUAAAAACAAGCAAUCAAAUUAUUGAAAAAUUAAAAACAGAAUUAGAGUGGAUUAAUGAUCAUCGUACAAGAUGCAAUGUUGCUAAGACAGUGGGUACUACUGCAACAGUAGGCGGCGCAGCUGUUGUAGUAGGUUCACUUCUUUUAGCUCCAUUUACAGGUGGUGCUUCAAUUGUAGCCGCAACUGGUUACGGCGUUAUAGCAGGUGCAGCAGGAGCCGCCGUAAAUAUCACAACUGAUAUAGCUGAUCUGGUAACGACGAGAAUUGAAAACAGUCAAGUCAAAGAUAUUUGUGGCCGAAGAAAUUAUGUAGCUGAUCGUUUGAAGGUACAUUUUGAUGAGCUUGAACGUGUGGCUACGGAACUAAGACGAUUAAAUGUUGGAGAAACAGAAGCCUACGCUUUAUCAUUAAAAAACUUGGCUUCAAAAGGUAAUAGCAUCAGAACAUCGUCUAGUAGUAUAGUACAGCUGAGCAAAUGUGCACAACUGGCAAAUGGAACUUCUAGCAUGCUUUUGCGUGGUGGUGGUAAUUUUUGGAAGGGUAUGAGAUUGCAAUCUGAAACAUUAAUGAAAGUACUUGGUUAUUUUGGUUUUAAUGUGGGCAAAACAGGAGCUAUGGCCGUUGUUCGAUCAGGUACAGCAAUACUUAGUGGAGCUUUUGCAAUCUAUGAUGUUUACUCGUUAAUAAACAGCAUUAAAAAUAAUCAUCCAACUGCAGAUGCUAUUUCCGAAAUGAUCAAACAGAUGAAAGAAGAGCUGAAUGAAAUGAAUGAAUUAAGAAGCAUAUGCAAGCAGCUGGUAUAA